GAAGUUAUUAAAGAGGAUCUUAAGAGUCACGCGUAAAAAGAAGAGAGAAAGCGACAAGUGUGUGACUCGGAGAUCGUGGUCUGGCGAUCGAACAGCUGUGCGGCGGUUCAUUUUUUUUUCUUUCGUCUCCCGAAAGUUUAAAUUGAUUGUAGUGCGUGCGAAGAUGAAUUUAUCGGUCUGCGCGACAAUCCUGUGCGUCCUAGUCGUAGUACUUCUGUCGGAAACGGCGUACAUCAGGCCACCCGAUUGGCAUCUUAGUCGGUACAGACGCCUUUCCGAUCAGAGGCUCGCCGAGCUCGAGACGAUCUUGGGGCUGCGAAAUGUGAAGGGCGUCGCGGUUCCCAUAGCAUUCGGAAAAGUCGACCCAGCUGUCGUAGGACGUAAACGAAGAUCCAUCACGGAAUCAAUUCCGGGCCAAUCAAGUCGGAGUCGUCCCUUACUUUGGAAGGAAGAUCCGCGGAAAGAACAGAGACUAUCGGUUGAUUUAAUUCAGAAGCUUGGCAUCCCUCGAGAAUGAGACGAAAAGAGAAGCGGAAGAAAGAAAGAGCGCGAAGAAAGGGAGAAGAAAGGAGGAAGUAGAGCAAUUAAAAGGGAUAUACAUACUGACAUAUAUAUACACACGUACACACACACGCAUUUAAUUGAUCUCUCAGCCGUGAUCCAUCGCCAACGCAUUACUACGGAUCAAUCUCCAUUUCUGAAGUUUCAGUUCCUUUACGGACCUUUGACAUCUGAAGAAAUAAAUAAUUAACUUUCGAUAAGCAGAAAUUACUCGCGUAACGUGUGUAAAUGGACUAAACGACAACAGCGGGAGAUGACGAAGGUGUGUACGAAAGAAAUCACCGUGCAAAGUAUCCACGGUAUCCAUGGGGUGACAGCGCGUGAUCAUGUCUCCGGGACUGCGUUCUUUAUUUAAGUAUUUGAGAGACUUAACAAGAACAGUAUUUUACAUGUGAAUAUCGUCUCAGUAUUCGUGAUAAUUUGCGCGUAAUUUGUAAGGUAUAUUUUCUCGAUAAGACAAUAAAUAUCUAGAUUUGAUUUACACGAUCACGUUAAUUGUUUAUUAGAGACGCUUGGAUGAAUAAUAAUUUUUGUAAUUUUGUAAGGAAGUUAUUAAUCGUCUUUUCUCCGACUGCGUCGGUUGUUUUAAUCCGACCGCUACUGUUUAUUAUUACGCGAGCUGAUUACGUUAGAUCGCGUAAUUUCGUAAGAAAGCGCAACGUCAUUCCAACCAGCUUUUCUCGAUUGCGCCGGUUUCUUUCGCCGAACGUGUGAUUUGUCGAUUAUUCACGAUGACAUUGAGAAAUAGAAAAGAAACGUCUGGUGUUUCACUUUUUUUUUUAAAGUAGAAUCUUGCGAAAUUUCAAGUCCAUGCCGUAUAAUUUUCAUUUGGCCACUGAUUCAUUAAAUCUGCCACCGUAACCAUUUUCAAUUAAUCUCUAUCGUGGAUGAUAAAACGAAACUUUAGCAAAAAAUGAGUUUUAUUAU